AUGGCGCGCGGUUUUUUGCGUCCCAUAGGCUUACUCGUUAGAAAGGAAUAUCAGGUCCGCCGUCGGGCCUUAGCAUCCCAGUUCUGUAUUGCACUCCUGCUUCCUCUAGUAGUCAUUGCCCUUGUAGUAUACACUUGGAGCAAUUUCAAUAACUUUGCAAACACAAGUGUUCAGCCUGUCCACAGUGAUAUUCGCCACCUAGUAUCGAAUCUAGGGCCCCUCGGCUAUGUCAUUGAUGCUGCAAGUCCCGAGGUGAAUGCGAUUGUCACCGAGCUCAGUCGGUCCGCUGGCAGCCUUCGCCAGUUUGCCUCCGAUAACCAAAUGAAUGAGUAUUGCCGUAUCAAUGACUGCUUGGCGGGCAUUGUACUGCAUGGUCCGACCUCUGCUGGUGGAUGGAAUUAUACAUUGAGAAUGGAUCCGAUAGACCGUCAAUGGGCGCGGUUUCAAGUCAAACCUCCAGAAGCAAUGGCCGAUGUCCAGGUCGCAAUUGAAAGAUCCAUCAUUUCUGUUAUACAUCCAACGUUGGCUAGCACGCUUAGUGCAAGUAAAGUCUCGACUCAGCAGGUUCAGGGAGCCGCUGUAAAGGCGAUGUUCUAUGCCUUCAUGGAAGGAUGGUCUGGUGGUAUGCUCAUAUGUGUUUUUCUUCCGAUGCUCUAUUCGAUCGUGGCCGCCAUCCUAGAGGAAAAAAAGUCGAAACUUCGAGAGGGCAUGUUCAUGAUGGGUCUCAGUCGAACAUCCUACAACAUCAGCUGGCUCGUUACCUACACCGUGUUGUUUCUACCAGCGUGGCUGAUCUCCGCGGUCAUCAUGAAGGUCACAUUUUAUACAAGGACGAAUCUGUUCAUAUUGUUUCUAUGGCUUGUUAUCUCGAGCUUGCCGGUCAUUGGCUGGGCCUUUAUUCUUGAAGUCUUAAUGAAGUCGCCGCGAUCAGGUGGACUGUUUUCGAUAGCGCUGUUUACUGGCGUCAGUGCUGCUGCCAUGUUUAUCAACAAUAAUCAGUGGGACCUCGGACCUGCAGCAAAAGUGGCGCUCUCUUUCAUUUCGCCAUUUUCUUUUGUCUACGCCAACCGGGUCAUCGCACAUCAAGAAGGGCGGCUAAUUGGGGUCCAGUUUGCCAAUUGGAGCGAGGAAUAUCAGGGCAUUCGCUUUACAACUUGUCUUCUCAUUCUCGUACUUGAUGCGAUUUUAUACACAUGUCUCGGAUGGUAUUUGGAGAUAACUGUCACAUCCGUGUCAAGCGGACAUCAGCCUUGGUACUCGUUCUGGAGGAAAGACCCAGCUCAUCAAAUCCGCAACACGGCUUUUUCACCUUUGGGCAAUGAUGCUCCGCUAAUUGAAGAUACUCUUAGCAGCGGCCAGUUUGGUAUCAGCAUACGAGAUCUGAGCAGAAGCUUUCGAAACCCGACAACGGGAAAAGUUCAGCAUGCGGUUCAAGAUCUGACCUUGAACGCUUAUCAGGGAGAGACAAUGGUUUUGCUAGGGAAGAACGGAGCUGGAAAGACCACGUUGAUUUCCAUGCUUACAGGUCUUCUCUCGCCGACUGCCGGGGAGGCACUCCUCCGGGGCAGGAAGCCUCGAGACGCCCGAAAUGCCAAACUCGCCGAAGAUACCUUGGGAAUUUGUCCGCAGCAUGACGUUUUAUGGCCAACCCUGACAGUCCGAGAACAUCUGCAACUUUUCGCUGGUUUGAAGGGGGCGGCUAGGCAAGGAGUUGCACUGGAAGUAAAGCAAACCAUCACCCGAUGCGAUCUAAGCGAAAAGGCAGACAGUUAUGUAUCAACUUUGUCUGGCGGGCAAAAACGAAAACUCUCAGUUGCAAUUGCGUACCUAGGCGGAUCGCGGAUUGUGAUUUUGGAUGAGCCUACCUCAGGAAUGGAUCCUCUGAGUCGUCGAGCGAUCUGGGACGUUGUGAGAAUGAAUAAGGAAGGGCGCACUGUUGUCCUGACGACCCAUUUCAUGGACGAAGCAGAUCAUUUGGGAGACCGCAUCGUUAUCAUGGCAGUUGGCAAACUUCGCGCUUGGGGUACUUCCAUGUUCUUAAAGGAACGCUUCGGAGUUGGUUACACCUUAACGCUUCUGCGCAACGGUCUGUCGGACGUUGGAGCCAUUGAACAGCUUGUAAAGACCUUUGUGGGGAAGGCGAUACUACGGAGCGAGGCCGGUCGGGAAAUUGCAUUCCAGUUGCCCAAAGAAUCUAGAUUUAGUUUCCCGCGGCUUUUGAGGAGUCUUGAGGGAGAUAAGGGGUUGGCCCUAGGUGUGGAAAACUACGAGCUUUCGGUAACUAGUUUAGAGGAAGUGUUGAUGAAAAUCGCCGUGAGUGCUGAGGAGAAAGAUGAGUCUACACUUGUACGACAUGACGAGAAGGUCUCUCUUGAUGCCAGUGGUCAUGAGAUGACAGUGAUCAAUGUCGCUGGCAAGAAUCAGACCGUGUUCCAAACUGGCGCCCAGGCAGAGCGCUUACCAAGUUUCGCCCAGCAGACGUACACUCUUUUCCGUAAAGUGGUUUUCCUCAACCGACGACAACCAAUCCUUCCCAUCGUCCGUUUCGUGGCGCCAAUCGUUGCUACAAUCGUAGUGGCAUGGAUGAUGCGCAACCUGGAUGGUACUUGCACACCUUCCCCGGCAGAGCCAGUCGUUCCUCUCCACUGGUCGAAUAAGCCUCUCAUUGUUCAGCCUGACAAUGCGAUUGUGUAUCUGGUCGACCCGACUGUGCAGCCGUUUGUGGUGCCCGAUGAUACAGCGUACCAAUUUCACGUCGAUAAUUCCAUAUACAACUUCAGUGCGGCCCUUCAGUUCUCGACUUUUGUCGCCAACGCAGACACGUCUACCUGGGAUGGGUCAUAUAACGCUGCACAAGCAGAUUUUUCUGGGGAAAUUGUGGUUCAGGCAAGCCUUAUCAACCUGGCCCACAAUGCUUUCAUCGCUUCCCGUUUCAACAAUACCCCAGCCGCCCCAGCAGGUCGUUAUGCAAUAUCUUCAGCUAUCCAUCGCUUCUCAUCCCCGCGCGCUAUGGACGUGUCAGACGGUGGCACGAUAGGCGGGGCCCUGAUGCUCGUUGCUGUCUUUGCUCUUCUUCCUGCCCUGUCAACGGCAUCGCUGGUGAGGGAGCGUAUGGGCAAGACGAUGCAUCAGCAAAGAGUUAGUGGGGCAAGGCCCUUGGCAUAUUGGCUGGCUUAUUGGCUGUGGGAUGUGAUCAAUGCCGUUGCUAUUGCUGCCGCUGCUACCGUCAUUUUUGCAGCGUUCAGGACGCCCAUGAUCAAAGAUGCGUUGGGAUGGAUAUUCUGCUCAAUUUUACUGUACCUUUUGUCGGCAUCUGCAUUCGGGUAUGCGCUUCACUCUCGAUUUGAAACUUCCGCCGGUGCUACUGGCAGUAUCCUUGCGAUCCUGCUUGGAGCCGGUUUCUUCUUCAUUACCCUGUUGAUGAAUCUUUUCUACGGUGCUCAAUCACCGCAAUCUACGCUGAAUCUUGUUACUGGUAUCGUCUCUGUCUACAGUCCCGCCGCGGGAUUUGUUUACAACUUCCUAGCACUUGCAAACUAUGGGCCACUGCGUUGUACUGUUGGCGAUAUUGCGCUUCGCACACCUAGGGAGACAAUCGCUUUUGUGCUUAUUAUCCAGAUUGCACAGUGCUUUGUAUUUUUCUUUGGAGCGGUCGGCAGCGAUAUGUGGGAUGGAUUUGUGCUGUGGUUGUCCGCGAAAGCGUUGCGAAAGCGUCAAGCGCAUCGAGGAUCUGCAGAGGAUCUCAAAGAUGAUGAUGAGGAUGUAGUCAGAGAACGACAACGUGUGGAGAAGGCAGCUGGAAAAGACUCUGCAGUUCUGAUCAAACGAUUAAUCAAAUACUAUGGAGCCAACGCGGAUGGGAGGGAAAAGCAAGCGGUGAAGGGCUUGUCCUUGGGCAUCAAUCGUGGAGACUGCUUUGCAUUGCUUGGACCAAACGGAGCAGGAAAAACUACAACGCUGUCAAUCUUGGCUGGCGAUCAGCUGCCGUCUGGAGGCGAUUGUGUUGUAAAUGGAUUCUCGAUUCUUGACAACCUCUCGAGGGUACAACGGUCAAUGGGUGUCACGCCUCAAUUCGACGCUUUACUGCCCACGCUGACCACGCGAGAACACUUGGAACUUUACGCGCGGCUGAAAGGUGUCCCAACGAUACAAAUCACAAUGACCGUGAACGCUCUUCUCCAGUCGCUCGACCUCGUUCCCCAUGCAGACAAACAGAGUCGCCAUCUCAGUGGGGGCAAUCGCCGCAAACUAUCUGUUGGCAUAGCCGUCAUUGGCAAACCUCCGGUCAUCAUUCUUGACGAGCCAAGUACUGGAAUGGAUCCAGUCAGCAAGCGAUCAAUGUGGAAUCUGAUCCAAGACUUGAGGAAAGAGCAUGCAGUCAUAUUGACAACUCACAGUAUGGAGGAGGCCGAGGCGAUUAGCACGAGAAUCGGAGUUAUGACUGCUGGACAACUGCGCUGCCUCGGUAGUGCUCAACAUCUAAGGACACGCUACGGGUCCGGAUACCAACUCGAUCUUCAGACUAGAUCGAAACAGUCAACCUCUCAAGUUCAAGAUUUCGUCUCAAACACGUUCCCUAACGCUCAGCUCGUUGAACAAGGUAACCGACAUCUACGAUAUGAAAUUUCGCAGCAUUCCAUUGGGUCACUCGCGACUGUGUUCGAAGCCAUCGAAGCCUACCGCCAAAAUGUCCAAGAUGCGGGCAUCGAAGACUAUGCCCUUAGCCGGACAUCACUGGAGCAAGUUUUUCUGAAUUUCGCACGUCAAGCGGAUGCACGAGACGAGGGUGACAGGACUCCAACGAAAGUACCAUUCAAAUACUUUACAGAAACGUCAAGAAUCACAGGAAUUACUGCAAUGAUCGCCAAUGGAUUAUUCGCACUGUUCGGAGGGUUCUUUCUGGCCUUGGUAUACAUCUGUAGCGCCUUCUUGGUUGCUUUGACGAUCGUCUUGCUUCCCGGUGCUUGGUGGAUUCUGCGUCGCGUGCCAAUGACCGUCUGUCCAUAUGGAUUGGACCCCAAGCGAGAACGUGAAGGGAGAGUGAGAAAGCUACCCAAGUGGUAUCUAGCUCUCGUUAAUUAUGGAGUCAUCAUUGUCGCUGGCAUAUUCAUUGCGAUGUUGCAUGGCAUGGUCGGAUUUCUCCUCACGUUGACGGUUAUUUUUUGGCCAUUUGCGAAAAUGCAUUUCAGGCUGGCUGCAUUGGCGCUGUGUCCUUUUUGGAGUUGA